UCAUUCUCUUGUUCCGUCUCUCUGUUUGCCUGUCUGUCAGUCUGUUGUUCUGCCUAGCAACAUCCUAGUAACUGCCUGCUUCAGCUUCAGCUUUAAUCCAAUCUUAAUCAAGCCGUCAGCUCGCCGAGUGUGUCAGAUCUGUGAGACUGUUGGGAUUCUCCUGGAACAGGAUCGGAAAACUCUGAAAACCUUAUAUAUUCAACCUACACAAGUCUACAUAACCUUCCGGAUUCAAACUAACCUCCUGCAGUAAAGACUCUGGUUCUCUCGUAGUGUUUUCUGGUGUGUUCUGCAGACGCAGCUGAGGAAUCAGCUGAUCCAGGAGCUGCAUCCGGCGGCGGUGCGGAGAGGAGACGCUCACUCUGUGUUAGUCACCGCAUGCAACAGCGUCGUCGUCCAUCACCUGCGGAGCGUCGGCUGCGACUACACGCUGGCUGUCUUCCUCCCCGAAUGCGGAAUGAGCAAAGACCAGGUUUUAUCAGCCAGAGAGCUUCUGCAGCUCACGAAGAUCAGCCCUCACACGCCGUUAUACAAAUCUCUGGUGUCGAAUAUUCAGAAGGGACAGACAGGUUUCCUGAUGAGUCUCUUCACAGAGCUCACUGAACAUCACGUUUACAGAGACUGCUGCGAUGCUUCCACCCAAUCCACCUCCAUAUCAGCGCAUAGAGAAUCACUCGUUGAGAAGCUGCAGCUGAUUGACGAGGAGUAUGAAGUGCUUCGGCACAGAGGUGACCGCUGGCCAUCAGUCGAGGCCAAGCUUGCGGAGUACAGGAAGGAGAUACAGGAGCAAGCGCAGGUGGAGCUCAAAGCAAAGCUGCAGCACUUCAUGGAGGUGGAGAUCGUAAAGGUGAAGAGAGACGAGAAGGAGGCCUCGCGGAGAGAAAUCCUGGAGCUGCGGAGAGACAUGGAGAGAACGUUUGAGCUGAAGUCUGAGGCUCUGAUGAGCCGAGAGAAAAACGCCAUCGAGAGGUUACAGAAAUCCCAGGAGAUAGAGGAAAAGGAGAUUUAUGCUCAAAGACAAGCCCUGCUGAAAGAAAUCGAAUCUGUGCGGAGCCGAGAGAUUGAGCUUAAACAGAGGAUGGAGGCCUUUGACAA